AUGUCCCAGUAUGCGAGCUCAUCUACGUGGACGAGCUUUUUGAAGUCGAUUGCAUCUUUCAAUGGCGAUUUGUCGACUUUGACAGCUCCUCCGUUCAUUAUAUCCCCUACUUCGCUGUCUGAAUACUCGCAGUACUGGGCAGAGCAUCCGGACUUGUUUUUGGCACCAGCGUUCAUUCAGAAAGCCGACAACGAAGGUACUUCGGCAGAGAUGUUGCGUAUGGUAGCAGUAACAAAAUGGUUUAUUUCGACGUUGAAGUCGCAAUACUGUUCGCGCAACGAACAGAUGGGGUCUGAGAAAAAACCUUUGAACCCAUUUUUGGGCGAGCUGUUUGUGGGAAAAUGGGAGAACAAAGAGAAUCCAGCUUUUGGCGAGACCGUUUUGCUAAGCGAACAAGUCUCUCACCAUCCGCCUGUGACCGCGUACACGAUUUUUAACGACAAGAACAAGGUCAAAUUGCAAGGCUACAACCGAGUCAAGGCCUCUCUGGCAACCGCGACUGUUAGUGUGCGUCAAUUUGGACAUGCAUUGCUCGAAUUUGAAAACUUGAACGAGGACUACCUUAUAACGUUGCCUCCCUUGCACAUCGAAGGCAUGCUUGUGGCAUCUCCCUUUGUAGAACUCGACGGUAAAGCGUACAUCCAGUCGUCUAGUGGCCUGUUCUCCGUCGUUGAGUUUUCAGGCAGAGGCUAUUUUUCCGGAAAGAAGAACUCUUUCAAGGCAAGAAUCUUCAAAGGCCAGAGCGACUCGAAGGACAAGGAAAAAGCGGUGUAUACAAUAAGUGGCCAGUGGUCUGGCACCUCUACGAUAAACAAGGGUAAAUCCAAGAAGAGCGAGCAACUCUUCUACGACGCCGCCCAGGUGAAAGCGGAACAUCUUUACGUGAAACCCAUCGAGAAGCAGCACGCUUUGGAGAGCAGAAAGGCUUGGCAAAAAGUCGCUGAGGCCAUCAAGCUCGGCGAUUUUGGACUAAUUGACCAGGAGAAAUCCACUCUUGAACAAGCUCAGAGAGAACUUAGAAAGGAGGAAGAAGCAAAGGGCAUCAACUGGCAAAGAAGGUGGUUUGUCGACGAGGACUACACCGACGGCAAGCAAGACAAAUUCACAAAGCUCGCCACGAUGGCCAAUUUGUCUACCAGAGAAGUGCCUAGUGGAACAAUUACCGGAGACAAGGCAGACAAGAAAGACGGGCCUUCCAUGCAUUGGAGAUUCAUCAGAAAGCAAUGGGACGAAGAAAAGGAAAUCACCUUGUAA